AUGCAGUGGCAUUCGCAACCAAGGACGAUCCGCAUCAUUCAUGUUGGUGCUGGUGCCACAGGGCUCUGUACAGCCUAUAAAAUGCGCAGCCAAUUGCAGAAUUAUCAAUUAGUCUGCUACGAGAAGAAUGCGUCUAUAGGAGGCACUUGGCUGGAAAAUCGAUAUCCUGGGUGUGCGUGUGAUGUACCCGCUCACGUCUACACAUACUCAUUUCUACCAAAUCCUAAGUGGUCAUCGUAUUACGCCUACUCACAUGAGAUACUUGAGUACUUUGGGAAAUUCUACCGCGAUCAGAAUUUGGGGGAAUUCGUCAAGUUGAACCAUCGAAUCCUCGGGGCUAGAUGGCAUGAAGACAAGGGACAGUGGGAAGUCGAAAUCGAGCACCAGGGCAAGACAUUCAUCGAUUGGUGCGACAUUCUCAUGAAUGGUUCUGGUCUCCUAAACCGGUGGAGAUGGCCUGAUAUCAAGGGCUUGCACUCAUUCCAAGGACCGGUGCUACAUUCAGCGCAUUGGGAUGAUUCUGUGGACUACUCCGGCAAGCGUGUUGCGGUGAUUGGCACCGGCUCCUCAUCAAUCCAGAUCGUUCCUCAAGUUCAAAAAGUUGCUAAGAAAUUGGAGUGCUACCUGAGAAGCCCUACUUGGAUCGCGCCGCCAAUGCCUCGGGUUAGGAUUGAUCUUCCCAACCCGGAGAAUCCGAAUCCAGACGAGAUUGCGAAUCCACUCGUACAGCAAUACUUCUUUCGGAAGGAUGAGAUAGAGUUUAUGGAGACCAGGCCGGAUGAGCACCUGAAAUAUCGCAAAAACAUUGAGGCUGCUAUAAAUCGCGGAUUCGAGAUCUUCUAUAAGGACACCGAAGCAUCUCGCAUGGCCGAAUGGUACAUGAAGAGCGAAAUGGUUAAGAGGUUGAAGAGUAACAGUGAGCUUACAGAUAAGUUGAUCCCAAAGUGGCCGGUCGGCUGCAGACGUUUGACGCCAGGUGAUGGUUAUCUUGAGGCCCUCAUUGAACCGAAUGUAGAAUGCCACUUCAAGGAGAUCAAAGCCAUCAACGAAACAGGCCUGAUCACUGCGGACGGUCUCCAUCAGGAGGUAGAUGUGAUUAUCUGCGCCACAGGCUUCGACAUCGCUUGGACUCCUCAUUUCAAGUUGCAUGGUAUCGAUGGUGUCGAGAUCAAGGAGGCAUGGCUUCCCAUACCCCAAAGCUACCUUGGCAUCGCUGCCCCGAAAUUCCCGAAUUAUUGGAUCAUGAAUGGAGCACGGGGGAAUUUAGCUAAUGGAACGGUGCUCCCCUGCUUAGAGACGCAAAUUGAAUACGUCAUCGCUGCCGCAAAGAAGAUGCAGACAGAACGUAUCAAGGCAAUGGAUGUUAGGACUGAUGUUACAGACAAACUAAAUGAAUACGUGGACAAGUGGAUGACGACUAGUGUCUUUAGCGGUGACUGUAAGAGCUGGUACAAGAACAAUACCGUAGAUGGGAAAGUCAUGUCUUGGGGCGGAUCGUCGAUGCAUUACCUCAAAACCAUCAAGAUACCAAGGUGGGAGCAUUACAAUAUCCGCUAUCUUGACGACGAUCCCUGGGGAUUCCUAGGCAACGGCCGGAUUCGAGCUGAGGUUGAAGGCGAUACUGACGGCAUGACGACCUAUAUACGUAACCAGGACGUUCCUUGGGAGCUGCAUUAG